AUGCCACCGCCACAAAAAGCCCCAGAGGAGGACUCGGAAGAGGAUGACUACAUGACCAUGAUCCUACCCACCGAGGCCCCCAAAACCGAAUCUUCUCUUCAGCGCACCCAGCGCCUGAAGCGCGAGGCUGCAGCACGGGGCCGACCCAAAUCGCGCGCUGAGAUCGCCGAGGAAGAGGCUCAGCGCCGCGAGGCCACCCACUCGCGCUCCCUCCUAGAAGCCCCCGCCGCCAUGGGUAGCAAAGGCCUGGCCAUGAUGGCAAAGAUGGGGUUUCGCGGCGGCGCACUGGGAAAGGAAGGUUCCGGUGGUGUUACGGAGCCGAUUCGGGUAUUCGUAAGGGAAGGCAAAGGCGGUCUAGGAAUCGAGGAGGAGAAGAGAAAGAGAGCGAGGGAGGCGGAAGAGCAGGCGGAGAGGGAGGGCAAGAAGGUGAAGAAGAUCGAUCCGGGAGACUACAGAGCACGAAUGAUGCAGGAAAGGGAGACUGAACGGUUGGAGAGGCAGUAUAGAGCGGCAGCUAGACUCGCGCAGCAGCUAGGCGAAGCUGAAAACGACGACGGCGAGACUGCAGCAGCGUCCGAUGAAGAAGAUACGGCCGGGAUGGAGAGGGAGCUCGGCGAGCGGGACCGCGCCGCCAAACGCGAGCUCACGGAUAGCCUGUCCUCCCGGUUGCCCGGAUACGCGGCGGCCGACGAGGACAAGGACCCGGAUUAUAGGAUGGCCAUGGGGAAAGAUCGGGAGUUGUACGAGGCGGCGGAGGACCUCGACGAAGAUGACGCCGAGCUGGAGGAGUUUGAGGCCCAAGAGCCCCGCGAGAAGCUGGCCAAGGUGCUGCAGCACCUGCGCGAGGAGCACAAUUAUUGCUUCUGGUGCAAGAGCGCGUACCCAGAUGCGUCCAUGGAUGGAUGCCCAGGCCUGACGGAAGAAGAUCACGAUUAG